AAUUUGAUAUUAAGAGUGUAAAGUUGUCUUGUGGAAAAAUGGCAAGUGGAGUUAAUAAUAACGAUGAUGUUGAUGCUAAAUCUAGCUCUUCCGGCUUUUUAAAGAGUUUGGGUUUCGGGUCCGAGGAACAAUCGUCAGAUGUGCAGUUGACAUCAUUGGCAGCUGAUUCAGAAUACUAUGACAUGACAAACAAGAACCGCGGUGUAGCCAUCAUCUUGAAUCACAAAGAAUUCAAGAGGAUGCCAACUCGCCUAGGUACCAAUAAAGAUCGCGAUAGAAUGGAGGAAGUUUUUAAGAAAAUAGGCUUCACCGUUCGCACAUUCGAUGAUUUAACCCGAAAGGAAGUGCGGAACAUAUUGGAGAAAGUGGCCCAAGAAAAUCAUUCGGAAAGUGAUUGUUUGGUCGUUAUAGUAAUGACUCAUGGGGAAACAGGAUACCUCUAUGCCAGCGAUGAUAGCUACAAAAUUGACGAACUAUGGCACGAAUUUAUUGGCAAUAAGUGCAAAAGCCUCAUUGGGAAACCGAAGCUUUUCUUCGUUAACGCAUGUCGUGGUGAAAAAUUUGACCAUGGAGUCACUUACACCAGAGUUUUCACCGAUCAAGUGGACUCGUCAGCUCGAGAAGUUACUUAUGCCAUUCCAUCCGUUGCAGAUAUUCUAGUUAUGUAUUCUACUUUCGAAGGACAUUAUUCCUGGCGCAAUCCCGAAAAUGGUUCGUGGUUCAUUGAAGUUCUUUACGAAGAACUUAAGAAGUAUGGUACUGAACGUGAUAUUCUAACCCUACUUACCGGUGUUAACCGUAAGGUUGCGUACGAGUAUCAAUCCAAUGUUCCGUCGAACCCAAAAAUGGACUCAAAGAAGCAACAACCCACUAUUGUGAGUAUGCUCAAUAAGAUUCUCUACUUCACCCCAAAGCAACUCAGUAACGACAAAUAAAAACAAAGAAUUGUGAUAAAAUCGUUUAAAAAUAUCUUAUGCAUGCAUAUGACCCAAUAUUAAAAGAGAUUACAAGUGAUUGGUUUAAGAAAAGCUUAUCACGUACAAACUUUUGUUAAAAUGAUAUGUGAAAUAAAUUGAUUAAGUGAUAGAG